GCCUCCCCAGCAGCCGUCGCCGCCGCCACAGCAGCCGCCGCCGCCGCCGCCGCAGCCGCCGCAGCAGCAGCAGCCGCCGCCCCAGGCCCCCCCCAUGGAGCCCGAGGCCCCGGAUUCCCGCAAGAGGCCCCUCGAAACGCCCCCCGAGGUGGUCUGCACCAAGCGCAGCAACACGGGAGAGGAAGGCGAAUACUUCCUGAAGGUGCUGAUCCCCAGCUACGCAGCAGGCUCCAUCAUUGGCAAGGGCGGGCAGACCAUCGUACAGCUGCAGAAGGAGACAGGAGCUACCAUCAAGCUCUCUAAGUCCAAAGACUUCUAUCCGGGAACCACAGAGCGAGUAUGCCUGGUACAGGGCACAGCAGAGGCCUUGAAUGCUGUGCACAGCUUUAUUGCUGAGAAGGUCCGAGAAAUCCCACAAGCAAUGACCAAGCCUGAGGUGGUCAACAUCCUUCAACCCCAAACCACGAUGAACCCCGACAGAGCCAAGCAGGCCAAGCUGAUCGUCCCCAACAGCACCGCGGGCCUGAUCAUCGGCAAGGGGGGCGCGACAGUGAAAGCCGUGAUGGAACAGUCGGGUGCCUGGGUGCAGCUGUCCCAGAAGCCAGAGGGCAUCAACCUUCAGGAGCGCGUGGUGACAGUCAGCGGCGAACCGGAACAGGUGCACAAGGCCGUGAGCGCCAUCGUGCAGAAGGUACAGGAAGACCCCCAGAGCAGCAGCUGCCUCAACAUCAGCUACGCCAACGUGGCUGGCCCCGUGGCCAACUCCAACCCCACCGGCUCACCGUACGCCAGCCCCGCUGAUGUGCUGCCCGCCGCCGCCGCCGCCUCGGCCGCCGCCGCCUCCGGCCUGCUGGGCCCCGCGGGGCUGGCGGGCGUGGGCGCCUUUCCGGCCGCCUUGCCCGCCUUCUCAGGCACCGACCUGCUGGCCAUCAGCACGGCGCUAAACACGCUGGCCAGUUACGGCUACAACACCAACUCCCUCGGCCUGGGCCUCAACUCGGCCGCAGCCUCCGGGGUCCUGGCCGCCGUGGCCGCCGGUGCCAACCCCGCCGCCGCCGCCGCGGCCAACCUCCUGGCGUCCUACGCGGGGGAGGCCGGGGCCGGGCCGGCCGGAGGGGCCGCCCCGCCUCCACCCCCGCCCCCCGGAGCCCUGGGGUCCUUCGCCUUGGCCGCAGCCGCCAACGGCUACCUCGGGGCCGGGGCGGGCGGCGGGGCGGGCGGCGGGGGCGGCCCGCUGGUGGCCGCCGCAGCUGCGGCAGGGGCCGCCGGGGGCUUCCUGACGGCCGAGAAGUUGGCGGCCGAGAGUGCCAAGGAGCUGGUGGAGAUUGCGGUGCCUGAGAACCUGGUGGGGGCCAUCCUGGGCAAAGGGGGCAAGACGUUGGUGGAGUACCAGGAGCUGACGGGCGCCCGCAUCCAGAUCUCCAAGAAGGGGGAGUUCCUGCCAGGCACGCGGAACCGGCGGGUCACCAUCACGGGCAGCCCUGCGGCCACGCAAGCCGCUCAAUACCUCAUCAGCCAGCGGGUCACCUACGAGCAGGGAGUGAGGGCCUCAAACCCCCAGAAAGUGGGAUGAGGCCUGUGGUGUCUGCUCCCACCCUCCUUCCUGUCCCUUCUCCUCCUCUUCCUUCUCCUCCCCCUCCCCCACACCCCCAACUCCUGACCUCAGCUCGGUGUAGUCCUGCUCCUCGUGGGAUGGGGCUGGGGUAGGCCUGACUGCACCCCCCCUUCUGGUAGUCAUAGGCAGGAUUGAGUGCUGGCUGGGGAUGGGGCCCAGAAGCUCCCUCCCCAGCCCUGAACUGACCCCUCCUUCCCUCCCUAUGCUUGACUGGGCCUGACCCUCCUCUCCCAGGGCCCAGGUCUGUGUGAUAUCUGUAUAUAUUGCAUUUUGUUGAUUUUAAUAGAAAACAAAGCGUUAUUUUCUCUUUCUUUCCCUCCUUUUUUUUUUCUUUUUAUUUUCCUUUUCUUCUACUUCUUCUUUUUUUGUUUUGUUUUUUUUUUGUUGUUUGUUUGUUUCGGUUUGUUUUGAUUUGGUUUUUUGGUAAGGAUUUCCGCCCCCCCCCCACUCACCUUUAGAAGUUUUUGUUUCCAUAUGGGAGGAGGGGAGGGAGCCUCUGGGCCACCUAGAAUGAGGGGCCUCCCCAAAACAACACCCCACCUCUCCUGCUUUCGGUUCCAGAUCUGAAGGAAGGGAUGGGAGUAGAGGUAGCCGAGGAAUCUGAGCUGAAAUGGGGUAUUCGGAGCAGGGACCCCAGAGUUCCCAGAUCUUCUCAGCGGCUCUACCCCUCUUGGAAUUGCCCCUUCUAGGUGGGACUGUUCACUGUUCUGUUGUCAGGUUGUUAUGGUGGGGGAAGGGGGUGGGGGAGCGGUGUGCAGUGCCUGCUGGGAAUGAGGCCGGCUCUGGGAUUGGUCCAGUCCUGUGGGCAUGACUCUUGCGACGGGCUGGAACAACUUCCGGUGGCAUCUUCGGUGGUUUUACUUAGAGUGAUGGGAAUGAAGGUCUCUGUUGGGAUGUCACUGAGUCAAGUACUUUCUGGGUGCUUCUGGCACUCCUUAUGAUGUCACGGGAAGCAGCUCCCCAGAGGUCACUUCCUGUGAUGACAGAAGAGACAGGUACUUCCUAUGAUGUCUCAGUGAGCCUUCCUUGAAGGCUACUUCAGGGAUAUCAUGGGGGCAAGUACUUCCUGUGGGAUCUCCAGGGUAUUUCCCGUGACGUCACUGGGAUGGAGCAUGCACUUCCUGUACUGGGCCAUGGCCAGUCACUGACACUCCUUCUCCACUCGCACCCCUCUUUGGUGGGUCGUGGCCCCGGGGGUCUUCCUAGGAGGAGAAUGAGGGGUGGGACUUGGAUCUUAUCUGGAGGACUCUAGGGAAAAAGACCCAGUAUUGUCAGGGUCAUCCCUAUCCGAACACGCCAAGUCUGUGAACCCACCUGGCAGCGAGGGGUGGGAGAUGGACCUGGUGAAAACUGCUGUUAAAGACCCCCAUUCCCACCCCGCCUCUUGUGUGCAUGCUCGUGUCCGCGUGGCUUUGUUCCAUGGAGUCUGGUGAGCCAAACGUGUGGUGGCUCUGUCGGGCCAUCAUGACCCCAGUGUAGAGUUCAGUGAGCCAUGGCAGGGUCCCUUGAGCUGGAAUGCUCCGUGUGGUCUGAGAGUUUAGAUUGGCUUGUGGUUUCCAGCAAGCUGGAGUGCUUGAGUAGUAUCGGAGGGAUCCGAGUGUCUUGGUGCUCUCUCACCACGGGCCCUGAGGCGCUAGAAUGUUCUUUCUGAUGGAGUCUGCCAAGCCAGGCAGCCCUGAGAGAUGGUUUGGGAGUGGCUUCCCUGAGCACUGCGGCUGUGGUCUGCUCUAAGGCCUUGUUGGCGGGCUGAGAUUUCAGGGCCUGACAACGCUAUGGACUUAGAAUAGCUGAGACCCACCUCUACCCUCGCCCAUCUCCCCCUUUCCCUUGGAGACCACCUCCGCUCCCUCCAACCCAAAGCAGGGCCCCCAGUGCCCUGGUUCCAUCAUCAGCAUCUCUGGGGGAGGGGCACCCAUGCCCAUCCUCUCCCCCAUUUGUUCCCCUCCUAGGUCUUCCAGACCCUUCUCUGUCCCAUGGCUUUGGGGGAAUCAGGCCUCCUCGUCUCUCUCCCACACGAGAGAAGAAAAGCCAGAGACAAUUCCCACCCCUAAAGCCUGGGAGACCCCUGCCCCUCGCUAGAGAGCCACCCCCAAAUCAAAAUGUGAAAAUCCCUAGAAAGCAAUAGCCUUCAAGGUACCUUGCACUGAAUUUCCCACCCCGCCCCUUCCACCAAAUGGGAGGCUGUAGCUUGGGCACUAGGGUGACUUUUUUCCAUGCCCUCUUCAUCUCCAGGGUGGGGGGCAGGCCCCAUUUCCCCAUCCCCCACCUCCCAUCGCUGCUGCCCCCACCCCUAGUCUCCAGACUGAACCCAGAUGGAGAUUCCAGUGCCAAAACAAUUCUUGAUGUAACUUUGUACAUAUCUUCUGCAGGGGGCGGGGGCGGGGGGGGGGGGGCUCUUGGGGUUGGAGGUGGAGGUGGCCCUGUGGGCCAUUGCUCCCCUCCACCUCUCAAAAGACCCUACAGUAUUUCGCACUAUCUCCACCCAUAGUGGGUAUUGCAGUGUCUAGCUGGAAUAUCCCCCUACGGCCCCCCAGGCCCCCAUGAGGAGGGGAAGGAGCCAGGGAGAGGUAAAACACGGUCUGGGAGUGGGGAGGUGGGAUUUGAAAGUGCUAAUUUGCAUAUCAUUUGCAUCCUCAGCUGCCCUGGUUUGUCAGAUGCUUUCUAUAGCCCCUUUCAAGGGGGUCCGGGUCCCAAUCAGCAGGACCCAGUAGUCCUGUCACACAGACGCGUCUCUGGAGGCUGGGCCUCCCGAAAAACGUUCCCCUGGGGUAUGUGUGUGACAACCCUCUCCCUAUUCACAUUUCUCGGGGACCCCCCCCCCCCACCCCACCAGCCAGGGGUAUCUGAAAGGUAGUUUGCUAGCUCAGUGAGCUAGUUCACUCACCAGAUUGGUGAGUGGAGAGCCACACACCUUUCUCCAUUUUUACCCUAGGAAACCCCCUUCACCAUCUUCCCCAACCCUUGAAAGUCUCUUUGCAUUCUGACCUCAAUCUUUCGUGCUGCAGUGUGUCCAGAGGGGACACAGAUGUGGGGUCAGGGAUGGGGAUCAUUGAAAAACCCACCGCCUCUUUUUUUUCUCCUCUUCCCUGUCAGCCAAUCAGAUCUCAGAGACUCUGAGUGGCCUCCUUGCACCCUGCUCUUCAGCACCCAGUAGGUGCUUAAUAAGUGUUUGCUGCAUUAAACUGUCUCCCUGUAACUCCCCAUUCGCCCUCCAGCUCCCAACAUCUUCCCCCAGAACUCCCCUCUCUCUUUCUUGGGCUCCCUAUGGCUAUCUACCUUUUUCUCCUUGUGGCUCCCAUCAUUACCUGUCCUGUCUCUAUCUUUGUCUAAAUCUGUCUUUUGCCCUCUUCUCAACCCUCUCAAGUCUCUCCCCUCCCCCAUUCCCCCAGCAAUUUAAAAAAAAAAAAAAAAAAGUGCCAAACUUCCUUAGAACUGAGCCGCUCUGGGGGGAGGGAACCUCAGAUAGAGAGGAGAGCAAUGGAGCCAUCUCACUUUGAGGAGGCCCCUAAGAGGCAUUGAAAAAGUCUGUGGACACUUAGCUAAAUUGGGUCCCCCUUCCUCACCCCUCCCACCCUGAGUUUUUCUUAGAAUCUUUGUAAGAAAAAAAAAAGAAAAAAAAGAAAGAAAAAAAAAAAAAAAAACUCCCUCUCAGCUAACCCCUAACCUUUUGGAUCCCC